AUGGCAGACAGUGGCAAGUUGUUGGAGGCCCAUGCUCCCUCGCGGGUUGCGCCUGUCUCAACGUCCGCGCCGAAGUCGAACAAGGUGCAUUACCCGUUUUGGUUUGGGGGUCGGCGUCGUGCUUUGCUGCGGGCGCGACGCAUCCUCAAGGUCCGGUUACAAACGCGCGCGCCUGAUGCGCCGAAGACGAUGCUGGGUACUUUUGGGCAUGUGGUGAAGAACAAUGGGAUCCUGGGGUUAUACGGUGGUCUUUCCGCAGCGCUAUUGCGCCAAAUGACCUAUUCCACGACACGAUUCGGAAUCUACGAAGAAUUGAAAUCACACUUUGCCUCGCCCCCAACCUCGUCAUCUUCUUCACCCGGUCUUUUCACCCUCGUCGCCAUGGCCAGCACAUCAGGCUUCAUCGGCGGCAUCGCAGGCAACCCCGCAGACGUGCUAAACGUCCGAAUGCAAUCAGACGCAGCACUUCCACCAGAAAAACGCCGCAACUACCGCCACGCCCUGCACGGGCUGGUGCAAAUGACACGGACAGAAGGAUUCAGCUCGCUGUUCCGCGGGGUGUGGCCCAACUCGACGCGCGCGGUGCUUAUGACGACCUCGCAGCUAGCGUCGUACGAUACCUUCAAGCGCAUGUGCAUCGAGAAGGUCGGCAUGGCCGAUACCAUCAUCACGCACUUUACGGCCUCGUUCCUGGCGGGCUUUGUCGCCACCACCGUCUGCAGCCCUGUCGAUGUCAUCAAGACUCGCAUCAUGAGCGCUUCGCCGGCCGAGAGCCGCGGCCAUAGCAUGCUGGGCCUGCUGCGCGAUAUCUGCCGCAAAGAGGGUCUUACUUGGGCCUUCCGCGGUUGGGUGCCCAGCUUUAUUCGUCUGGGUCCUCAUACAAUUGCUACUUUCAUCUUCCUCGAGGAGCACAAGAAGCUCUAUCGGAAAUUGAAGGGUAUCUAA